AUGAACAUAAGAAGCAUGCGUAAAAAUUUUGAUAAUUUCCUCGUAACCCUAAAAAGGUUGGAUCUUGAUUUCGACGCUAUUGUCUUCAGCGAGUGCUGGCUUAAUGAGUUUGUGACGGUCCCCCUAUUGCAAGGAUUUACAUCAUUUUACUCUCAAAAGUAUAUUAACAGGGCAGGAGGAGUCGCUAUCUACAUAAGAGAUAGGUGGUCAGCCAAUUUUUCUGAGCUGAACGUUGACGAGGGUAAUUGUAUUCUCGCAGAAGUUGCAAAUCACUUCUCAGUAGUAGCCGCUUACAGAUCACCUAGUUACACCAACCCAGAAAUAUUUAUUCGCUCUCUUGACGCUAACUUAAAAACGGUUAGUCCCUCUCCUUGUCUUAUUUUUGCUGGAGACAUAAACUUAAAUAUUAUUGGGUCUGCAGCUGACAUAAACUUGCACACGGAGUACUUAGAUGUAUUAGCAGAGUACGGACUUUUUCCAGCUAUAACCAAACCAACUCGGGUCCAAACCUGCAUAGAUCACAUUUUUGUACCCGUAAAAUCUAAUGCGGAGUCCGUAGUCUAUCUCAAUGCUGCCACUGACCAUGAUAUCACUAUGGCAGGCAUAAUGUUAAAGACACACAAACCAAAAAGACCAAAACCUAUUCGAUCAAGAGUAAUAGUUGACAUAGACUCAAUAAGAUCAGAGCUGGAAGGAACGGACUGGUCAACAGUAAUAAACUGCAGCUCUCUUGAAGAGUCUGUAACUCAUUUUACUAAGACGGUAUCAGAGGCAAUAUUGAGAUAUUCAAAAACUUGUGUAAUAAGCCGCUCCAGAACUACCUUACACCCCUGGAUGACUCCUGGUUUAAUCAGAUGCUCUAAACACCGCGAUAAGCUUCAUAUAGAAUAUCGCAAGGACCCAAACAACCCAACUAAAAAACUUAUAUAUACGCGCUAUAGAAAUUUUUACAUAGAUCUAAUUAGAAGACUAAAACGUGAUUACAACAAAAAAAGAAAUAAUCAAAAAUAA